CAUACUCGGCAGACUUCCAUAAACAGUGCCACGUGGCUAUUCAAAACAGUUGCGCAUCACAAAAAUGACGUUCAAAAUAUUUGCGUUGCUGAUAAUCGCAGUUGUUUUCGUGCUGGUUCAGUCGAAGUCUCUAGAAUCGACUGCAGUGGAGCCUGCUGGAGAGAUGAUGGAGACAGCAGAAACGAAUCCAUUCAUGCCGAAGUUCGCGAUGAAGAGGCUAAGGGAGCUUCGCGAGCAAGCGAAGGCGCAGCGUAGGAGCAACCAAAAUACGCUAGCUCGUGGUGAUAGUAACCGGCGGAGGGCACCGUGUCCUCAAAAUGGAUACGGAUACGUUGGAUACGGACAUGGCAAAAAAUGAAGCAAGCGGUGAUUGUACUGUUAUCAUUAGGACUCGUCGGUGCACUCGCAAAUACUAUACAAUCGGAUAAUAAUAACAAGGCUCUACCUGAGCCCAGUGACUCAGAAACCAAACACGAAGGUGAAGACAUUUUAAACAAAACGGAACAAAAGGAACCUGUUGUUUCAUUUGUUGAUACGGGGCUUAUCAAUGAUGGCGACCGAAAUGGUGAAGUUAGUAUUACGAUUGAAGAGGAUUUAGUACCUCCUCCAGUCGAAAUUGCUCAAGAUCCUGCCGCUGAGGUGUAUAUCACAGAUGUCCCAGAGUUUCCUAUUGAGGAUAAUUUCUACAAAACGUUGCCUGACAGUCCUGACACCUAUGAAGAUGAGAUUAUGGAUGUGGCAGCGAACUGGGUUCCGGUGCCGAUAUUUCGCAGACAGAAGCAUAAGGCACACAGACGAUUCUUCGGUCCCAAACAUUUCACACAAAAUCCUUACCGACGGUUCUACUACUAUCCGUACCACGCGUUUUACCGGCCUAGACCGUACUUCUUUUAGAAUAUUUUACUGUUCUUGCCAUAGUGUAUUAAUUUAUUUAUUUUAAUUGAAUAAAUUAUUUAAUUUAAUAAUGUUAA